AUGUUUGGAUUAGAGAGGUCAGCUCCUUUAUUCUUUAUCGACUAACAGAGCUAACGACAAGCUAGCUCGGUACAGUAGCAUGUAGCCUGUAGCUGACGCGAGACUGACGCAAAAGUAACGUUUCAAGACCGUUAUUUGAAAAGGACCGUUAUUUAUUUACAGGUGGAAAUAACGGUACAGUUGCGCCUGUGCGCGCUGUGAUGUUCUGUAUUGAGUAACAAUACUUCGUGACCAUAUUUAGCCUGCUUCCUCAUUUAAAGAGCAGGUGGAUACAGCAUAUGUUGACUUAGGAUGACUUGUGUUCAUUGGCUCUUAUCUGAUGGCGGUGGCUCUUUAUGUUGACUCUUUUUAAAACAAGAGCCUCUUUGUCAGUCUGGUGUUAGAGUCUUCACAUAUCCAACUUUAGUUAAUAAAGAGGGUCACAAACGAGGAGAUGGAGUGAUCUGUAAUCUGAUGUGUGUUUGUGUUUCUCAGGAUCACAGUGUUCCUGCUCUUCUUUCUCUUUGUCCCCACAACAGUCAGAGGUGAGUAUUUAUGUAUAAAUAUAUUUUUUUACAUGUUUUAUCCAUCCAUAAAAGCCUCAUAGUGAUUUAAAAGUCACCUUGUGGUGAAGUAUUUGCGUUUCAAAAAACUGAAAGUGAAAGCUUUUUGAGGAGAGGGACCAGGCCCUUGCUCAGCUGUUCAUGGGACUUUCCAGGGUAAAAUUAAUUUAGGAUCUAACACACCAUAACACCGAGAUAGACACCCCCUCCAGAGAUUAAUGUUGUCGACAGCUUGCUUCUCUAGUUACACCAACUUUAGUAACAACCGUACAGAAGCAAGACAGAGCAGUCAACCUAAACGCCACUCUGUAGCCACAAAUAAUGCUCAGAACAGCACCUAACUUCAUCAACAGGACAUACAGGGUCACAGACAUAGUACUAGACACCAAACAUAUUUUUAACUUUGACUCAUUUCUUCAGCAAAGACUCACCUACUCUCCUCCAGCAGCUGCUUGUUUGUAGCCAGACCUCCACCAGUCCAUCAUCGAUGAAGGCGGGGCGCCGCAGCUCAAGGAAGAACAUUUAUGAUCAUUUCUUCAUGGAAAUACAAUCAGACCAAGACGCUAAGGCAGAAGUACUACCGCGUCUGCAGUGAAAAAUGAUUAAUAUGAUGAUAAUACUUCAAGGAAAUGAUAAAGAAAUGAUCAUAAAUGUUCUUCCUUGAGCUGCGGCGCCCCGCCUUCGUCGAUGAUGAUGGACUGGUCGAGGUCUGGCUACAAACAAGCGGCUGCUGGGAGAGAGUAGGUGAGUUGUGUUUAGUCUCUUUGCUAAAGAAAUCAGUCAAAGUUAAAAAGAUGUUUGGUGUCUAGUACUAUGUCUGUGACCCUAUAUGUCCUGUUGAUGAAGUUAGGUGCUGUUCUGAGGAUUAUUUGUGGCUAUAGAGUGGCGUUUUGGCUGAGCGCGACACGUGUGUUCUUAAUUUUACGCCCCUUUUAAGGGUUAUUAUAUAAUGUUUUCAUAAUCAUACUGGGAAUAAAAGUCUAUCAACUGUUGAACUCUAGGAUGUGGUGUUUUCACGAUCAUGAGAGACUGUAUUGGCUUUGAUGACAUGAUCUACAUGUAUAGCUCCAUCUUUUCUUAAAGACAGUUUGAUGUUAAAGUGCUGAAAUAACCAGUCUUUGUGUUUAGAUGUUUCAUGAUGUCAAUUUAUUUAAAGGGGAACUUGUUGGAUUUGUGGGCAGAUCUUGAAUUUUGACACAUGUACGUUAGUUAAACCUGCAGUCCUGGUUUAUGGUUGGCGUUAGUAAAACCAGUUUGAACUGGAUAUUUCCCUGCAGGUCUUACUCUUUUGCGACUCACAAACACAGAGAAAGCUUUUCUGUUUUCUUUGGAGCUCGUGUCUGUCAUGUUGGUCUGUGAUGUCUCUCAGUGAGCUGUCAGCGGAUCUUAAGUGCCCAGACCGGAGGCUCUGUCCUCCUGCCGUGCAUCUACAGUGGGGCUGAGCCUCUUCCUGAAACCGCCUCUGUCUUCUGGAGGGACAACAACAACAGCGUCGUGGUGGACAUCACGAGGAGAAAUCCCGACAUCAGCAACCAGAACCCCAAAUACAAAGGUCGGGUCAUCAGCUUCCAGGAGCAGUUCCAGGUGGGAAACUUCUCCAUCCUGUUGAAGGACUUGACAGAGGCGGACAACAGCUCGUAUGAGUGUAACAUCCCAAAGGUGGACUUCGUGCAGAGACUAUUCCUGAAGGUGUCAGGUCAGUGAGACACAGUUGCUGCUAAUCCUCACCUCUGAAUUUCUACAAACACUUUAAAGUCUAAUGCAAAGGAAAAACAUCAGAUUAUAUGGACGCCUCAGAUGUUAAAUCAGCCAGAAUCAGGAUCUGUAAAGAGAUUCAGUGAGAGGAAGAACAAAGUUGAAGAGUUUGAAGUUUUUAUGUCCGUGAAAAAGUUCAUUUUUUAUGUUUUAGAUCCAUGAAUUAAAGCUGUGAAUACCUCAUUACAGGCUCAGAAACAGCUCCACCCUGCAGUCCGACUCCUUUCCUGUUUAUGUCUGCACUUUGUUCACGCCGGAAAGUAACGUUUACUCAAACUGAAAGAGUUUCUCCCACAAUGCAUUGCACAGGAAGAGGACGGGCUGUCAAUAGAGUGAGGCCUCAGUCGGAGGAGUUUCAGCUCUCAGGUGCCGACGCUCUGUGUUUCUUUUUGCAGGCGAACGUUCGAGAGCUACCACUCCCUCUCCUCGGUCAGCAGGUGGCGCUGUGGUAACAUGCACCACCCCUCUCAUGACUGUGCUCCUUCUCUGUAUGUCUCUGAUCUGCAGAUGAGCUCUCACACUGGACUGAGACACAUCACAGCACCUUUAACAUAG